CUUGCCCCGUGUGCACAUGCGCAAUGCAACGUAUCACAGUGGACGUCAGUCGCUGUUAAUCUUAGGUUUCCGUAAGAUGUGAAAAAUUAAGUUCACAAUGAGUACUGAUACAACAAACAACACCCCGUCUUCAAAUGGAGAGGGGUCGACGACAGAAGAUUCUGCAGGAACCUAUGAAUGUAAUAUUUGUCUUGAAACAGCGAACGACCCAGUUGUCAGCAUGUGCGGACAUUUGUUUUGUUGGCCAUGCUUGCACCAGUGGUUGGAAACAAGGCGGCAGAGACCGACAUGCCCUGUGUGCAAGGCUGGAAUAAGCAAAGACAAAGUGAUCCCCAUAUAUGGUCGAGGUAAUCCAAAUCCACAAGAUCCAAGAGAAAAGUUGCCACCAAGACCACCAGGACAGAGAUCUGAACCUGAAGGCUCGGGGGCUUUUCACAACUUUGGAUUUGGUGGUGAUGGAGGUUUUCAGUUUUCCUUUGGAAUAGGAGCUUUUCCUUUUGGCAUCUUUGCCUCAGCAUUCAACUUUAAUGAUGGAAGACCUGCACCUCCCCCCCAGGGUUCGCCACAAGAGGCAGAAGAACAGUUCUUGUCCAAAGUUUUCCUGUGGGUGGCCAUCAUUUUCAUCUUCUGGCUACUCAUAGCAUGAUUGUCAGGACAAGGGCAACAGAAAACCAUUCAUUUCUUUUCAUACUUUUAGUCACGGUGCAUAAGUCAUUAUACUUUCUUUACACAUUGGUGUUUUCCUUUUUUUGUUGUCAUGGUAUGCCAGAUGAAAUGUAAGAAAGUAAUCGCAGAAAAGCUUGUGUGAAGAAUGUCUCCAGACAAGCACAGCCAGACUCUUUCCUGGUAAUGUUACAGGCAUGAUGCAUUCUUCUUCACACCAACAGAGACACUGAGUCCUGGUAUUUGACACUGACACUGACUCUCUGGUACUGGACGCUCACAGUUGUCACUGAAUUUACAGUGCUGUAUGUGAUGGUAUGUCAUCACGUGGUUGCCUCACCCCUUUCAAAUAAGGGACCGAGUAGAAAGGGUUUCUUCAUGCAUUAAAUACAUGGAUAACAGAUCGUAUAUGUUGGUUAUAAAUUAUGACUUGUAAUUGGUGUUAAGAGUUUGAACUCAUAAGAGUUUGUUUUAUAACUUGGCUCCAGUUGGACGUUGUACAAUUCUCAAAGUGUCACCAUUGUAAAUUCAUGUUGCAGUAGUUGGAAAACACGACACAUGUCCUAGAAAGUCAGGGUUACAGAAACCCCACCCUAUAUGAUUCAUUUGUUUGUGAGUGUGCAUGUGUAUAUAUAAGUAUAAAAGAACAAAAUACGUCUUUUAAAUUACUUGUGAGGUUUCAGUUUGAAGUGGUUUGUGAGUGUCCCUUCAAUCUCUUGUAAGAGUGAGAUCUAGGUGAAGAUGUUCUUGUGAUGAUGUUAUGAUGCAUUUGAUGAGCUGCAAUGUAGUUUUCAGCGAUUGUGAUCUGGAAAUUUUGUGUGAUUCUGGGCUUGCCUUAUGGCAUCCUGCUUGCAGUUAUCAAGUUAGUAAUUUAAAUAGUAGUCCAGAAAUCUGGUCAUGUAAACUUAGCAAGAAUUUUAUACAUAGAGUGAAAAGUUUUUAUGCAUAUAUUAAACAGAAGAUGAAUUUGCAUGGGAUGUAACUUAAGGGAAUAUUGAAAUAGUGGAACCUCUGGAAUACAGUCCUCAACAUUACCAUUCUUCACAUGCUCUGAUGAUUGUUCCUUUGAUGUUGUUUAGACUGGACUAUUCCAGUUACUUCCCACACCUGACUUAGAGUAAUAACUUUAUGUCCAGCAGCCUUCCAGACUACAUAAACCAUGACAGUGACAGCUUCAUGGUGCCAAAGCCAAUUUUCCAAACUAAAUAAACCAUGGCAUACAUAACAUGCUCAGCUUUGUAAAAAAAUUGUAAAUGCCACUUGAUUUUCACAAAACUUGUCAACUGUCUCUUUCAGAGAUGAUUGCUUUUGAGCUUACCUUGGUUCUUGUCACAAUCCUCCUGGUUGAUUUGAAUUUUUCUUUUGAUCAUUUUUUAAGGGUUUUGGCUAUAUGCGAGUUUCAGAACAUGAGUAGCACUGCAGCUACAUUGGAAAGCAAAAUACUUUGAGAUGACCUCACACUGUUCAGUGAAGGUGGAUUAAGGAGGGUCAUCAGCUUAUUAUGACCUGUAGCAAUGAUGUGAGAGGACCUGCAGCCUUCAAGUAUUGGGAGCUGAAGACCAUUAGGGUAAUUUGAUGAGGCAAAGUGGUCAACCCAGGACAGUGACAGUUGAAGGCUCACAGUGCAAGCCCUGUGCUCCAGGAUCUUCUCUGUAGACAUCAAACAGCAAGUUUCCCCAAGCCACUGCCUUUGCCACUGCAGUUUGGAGUAGUUGUUUUUAAAAAUCAGUUCUUGAUAUUAUGCAUAAGGUUGAUACUUUUUUAUUACCGGGAAAACGAAGAAAUUCAGAAAGUCAGAACAACCCAAGACUGCUUGCAGUUAUUUGGGACACUUGUAAACAUUUUCAGAGUUUGAAAGUUUAUGAUGUGUGUUCUUGAAUCAUAUGAAUGGCAGUCACAAGAACAAGCUCCACAUCUUAAGAUCCCUUCCACAGAGAGAAUUUUGCUUGAUUUUUAAAAGCUUUGAUUGAGUGCAUUAUUAAAGCAGUUGGCAUCGCUGUGGUAUCAAGGUUUUUAAGCUGGAAGAUGUGCACUAUAAAAAUAAUAUUGUUGUGUGUAGGUACCACUUGUCUGGGGUUUCCAUGCUAGUUAAAUUGAAUUCUUCUUAUACAGUUUGCUCUGACAGAUGCAAAAGUCGUCUUAGCUACAGCUACAUUAAUAUGUUUGUAUUGAAUGAAUUAAGCAAUUCCAGAAAGCUGCACAAAUGUGUACAACGUGCUCAUAAGGUUCAUUGAGCUACCUACAUUAGCAAACACUUAUAGGACUUUAAAAUAUUUGUGCAUGUCUUUGUUCACAAGGAUAUAAGCAGCAGGUUUUGGUUAUGUUACAUAAUCCAGAGAACAAAAAUUGUACGUUUCAUUCCAGUUUAUUUAUGGAAAUAUGAUUUCUUUUUUGUAAUUAAUUUAUGUCUAGAAUUUAUUUUUCAGCUCAUCACCCACAUCAGGUAAGGAGGUUUAGUUUAAACUAUCACUUGUAUUGCUGGGUGUCUGUCACUUGUAUUACUAGGAUCAAUAGCAUUUGUUGCUGAGUGGUUUCUUUCACUGCCGUGGUGUUAAUAACAUUGUGCCAGGUAUCAGUUGUAGGAUAUUGUGCAGAUCAUCUCAUUUAUUUCCAAGGUUCACUCAUUUGUUCAUGAAGCUUGCUUUUUUUUUUUUUUAAGUUAUGUGUAGGCAUCUAUUAGUUUGGAUAUUUUUAUGUUCACAACUCAACUGUCAAGGCAACUGCAUGUUGGCAAAACACUUGCCAUCUGAUUUUCACACAACUGAAUGAUUGGAACUAGUUUUGCCUGUCAUGAACCUCAGCAACAGACCAAACACUUGGCUGAAGAGGAUCAGCAAGGGUCACCUGAGUCUGUUACUCUUCUUUAUCCAGUUUGUAUCUUGGCAUCACAUCACUGUCUGGCUUAAAAAGAAAUUUAUUGAUCUAUUCCUCAGCAAGUGGCAUAGCAUGAUAUCUGAAAACAUUAAGAAAUAGGGGAUUUGUUUAGAAUUUUACUGUCUAGUAUAAAUACACAGCAGAGACAUUUACUGUGUGCAGUCAUUUCUCUUAUAUAAAAUUGUUUGCCCGCUGCCUUUAGUAGCAUGCUGAUGUAUUUUGUUGGAAUCACAAUGGCUAUAAAGUAUUCAGAAGAGAACUUAAAAUAGGUCUGUUUGUACAGCAGCUAUUGUGCAUUGCCAAACUUUGAGGCACUGUUCUUCAAAGGGUUUUAUUUUAAUGACUUCAAAACAUUUUAACGGGAAAUUUUUAUCAUGGCAACACAAGUCUAAUGUUUCUAAAAUGCUUAAGUUUCAGUCUGAUACAGUUUUGAUGGCAUCGACAGUUUUGCUGUCAGAUUGUGUCUUAAAUGAUUGGACACCAUUUUGUUGUAGUGAUUAUUGCAUCACUAAUGAGGUGCAAGGAGUUAUUUUUAAAAUUGCAUCAGAAUGGAAACCAGGGGGAGAUUAUUACUUAAUCUUAUUUUUGAGACUUUGUGUCCUUCAGGGAAAAACUUGUAGACAGAAUGUAAAACUACUAUAAAGGUAAGAGAAGUGAGUACUUUUUAAAGAUCAGCCUAAAUUUGUUUUUUAAAAUAUCCAGUCCUUUGUUUGUUUAAAAUAUACAGUUUAAAAUAUAAAGAGGGUUAGAGAAACACAGCAAGAACGUCAUGUGACAUAAUCUCCAUUGCAGCUUGUAUAUUGCAUGUAAUACAGACAGUAAUUAUGUUGUACAUGUGUAAGUUGUACAUGGGUCACGUACCACAGAAGUAAACUUUGUUGAAUAAAA